AGCAGUCUUUGGACAUAUACUUAAAAAGGAUUUGCUUCACAAAGUUUAGUAGGAAGGACCUAUCCGGUGCAACCCGUAUUUCUGAUGAAAAUUUUUCAAAAUAGUCCUUUCGGCAGUACAGGGUAUAAUUUUGUUAUUGCAUGAUAUGAAUUCUUUCUUAAAAUGAGUGCCCAGAGAACGCCCCUCCCCUUUUUAGAGAGGGGAGGAGGGUAUUUAUCAGUUCGUUUUCCAUAUUCAGCAAAAAAAAAUCGGUGGUCCGCUUGAUUGAACCAGAGAAAUACAUUCCGUGAAGUUUGCCGCAAUUUGUUGCUACAUUCCAAAGCAAACAGUAAAUUCCGUUCAAAUAUAAGUGAUUUUCGACAGCAUAACGCCUAAUUCCCCUGGAUUAAAUUUAAUCGGAUUACAUUAGACUGGAUCUCCGAAAAGGCGCCAAGUUUAUCCUGACUAGACCCCCACUAAGUAAAACAUCUCGUUGAGCAGAGUCAGUUUAGACAGAGAGUAAUUAAUUUGCAUAUCGGCAAUAUAUGCAAAAUCGUGACAAGACAAAUCGUUCAUCGAACAGGCAAUUUUUUACGCGUGACUGGCUCUGUGUUUGUCUCAGUUCGAUACACAAGGUUUCUCCACAGUUGUGGUUUUUCCCUCAAAUGCCCUUCACACACCAUACCCCUGCCAGAAUUAGCCAACCUGCAUGGGCUAAGUGAAGGAAUUUUGAUGGACAAGGUAUUCUAUUACACUACUAGAUACUUGCUUUCGUGCGCAGAGUGCACAUCAACGUGAGAAAUCUUCCAUCGCGUUGUAAAUGAAAGCUUGCUAUUCAGAUCAUACAAGGAAUAAUUUCCUCUGUUUAGGAAAUGAGGAAUCCUACAGGUAGUCAUCGCGAUACUCCACUCACUGUCAGCUUUCCAGUACCAAAGAAGGCAGCGAACAAACUUCGUAGCUUGGCGAUUUCCAAGGAUCGCCGUCUGCUAGAUCUGGGUGUUUUAGCUGUGCAGAUCAAUGAAGGAGAAAGCAUUGUUCUUGGGAUUAAACUGGGGAGGCGAAAGCUGAAGAGAACGGAAGUGGAAUCGGACAAAAUUAUGGGAAAUGCCUGUAGAGGACGAGUAACAAAGAGGCAUUCGUCGUUGCGUAAUUUGGGAACUGUUCACCAUAUGCCGACAUCUUUAUCGCUUGCAGACAAACCGGUAACCGCGCAAAUCACUUCGUUCUCUCCAACAUCUCAUAGCGACCAGAGGAAAGCAAGCCUAAGAGCAGGGAAAUCUGAUGGAGAUGCUCUGGCAAAUGAAUUAUUCAGCAGCAUGAUCUUGGGCUCAAGCGACAAAUCUACAAAUGGUUCCAAUCUUCAGCUAUCGGGUUACAAAACUCCCAAUGACAGUAGAGGUCUGUCAGCGAAUGGAGUACUAAGUUCUUCCAAAAACACAGUAUCGCGGCUGAAUAUAUCGCAGAAUAAUGGUGACUUAGCGAGUGGUAGAGGUUCUUCAAGUUCAGAGUCAAACUUACGGAAGUCGAGUUACGGGACUCGUCGCAGUAGCCGCGAGACACCUCCAAGUCCUGUGGUGCUUUCUGGAAGCAGAUUUUUAGCUGAUCGGCGUUUAUCUUCUCCAAACAGCCAAAGAGCCAACAGUGCGAGUCCUUGCUCAGAAUCAAGUAGUACUAGCUCUGAUGAGAAUCUGGAUGAAGAAGUUCAUCAGCUGAUUUACAACUGCUAUAUAGAUCAAAGCAAAUACAGUGCUGCAGACAUGUUAAAACAACUAGCAAGAGCACAUUCAGGCACUAAAGAAACAACCAAGUCUACCAUGGGAAACACUUCUGUUUCCUCGUCUGUGGUAAAAACUGUAACUGUCACUCCAAAAUCUAGCUCACAUAGUGGUAUUUCAUUGGGGCAGCCCAGAAUCUCAGAGAACAACAAGAGGGCAGCAAUCACUGGCAGUUACCGUGAGCAUGUGAAGAAUAUCCGUUGUUAUUCACUCACAUCUCUCACUACCAGUACAGUAACAGUGAACUCUACUUUGAAUGUACCAUCUAGUAAAAAUGCACAAGCAGAUACAUCUCAGAGUUGCAGAGCUAGUAUCAUAACUGACUCUCUAAGUUUUGGGGAAAGAAAUUUACCAACAAAACCACCCACUACUCUCUCUACACCAUCAAAGCCUUGUUCAUCUUCCCAGACACCAAACAUUCUCACAAGCUCUUCUGAGACAAUGUCAGCCUAUUGUGAAGGGCGCAAAGUAUUGUGGUCAAGUGCAAAUGUUUUUCCAGUCAAAAGAUCAACUUUAGGAUCUUCCAUAGAAACUUCAUUUAGUGAAACUGCAACUUCACUUUUGCAAGCAUCAAAAGUCAGCUCACCAUCCAUUUCUGCACAGAUUGAUGCCACUAUACCUUCCCAGACAACUACAUCAGUAACCCUUGAGACAAAGAAUGGCAUCCAUAUCUCUAACAAAGUUCCUGGAGAGGAACUGGCCAAAGAGAGCAAAGUGGUGCCUAGUGAUUUGAAAACAGUAAUAGUGAAAACUCCAGCCUUGGCACUUGACUCACAAGAAUCAGUUACGGAUAGUCCACAAGUUGCAGAGCCCCCAACAACACUGCCUGUCACAAAUGUUCAAACAACAGUGAGCCAAGGAACCAAAUACGUGCAAAACCUGACUCUUGCAAGGUCAACCUUGCCAGCUGCUAAUGUUGUUAUUGCUGGAACAAACACUCAAACAACUUGGUCCAAUCAGCAAGUUUCUCCAACAUAUAUUUUGGGUGCCCAAACACAGUAUGGUAUCUACCCAGCAAUGUACAACACAGAUGUUAACAACAAUCAACUGACACAGCAGGCAGUACCAGCAGGAUACCCUUUGAAUUAUGUGUAUCCCAUCGGAUUUGUUUACCCCUAUCUGUCAGUAGCACAACCCAGUAGUGCAAAAAAUCCUAAUGGCGAGAAAGUCAAACAGGAGAAAGGAGACACAGAUGUGGAGAAAUCAGAUACAUCUGUUUUAGAUGGAGCUGCAAUGAUACCAAGGAAUGAAUCUUCAACGGCAGUUCAUCAAGGAAGCAGUUUGAACUCAGCUGAUUUGGUUUCAACCAACAGUAACACAGCUCCCAUGCAGACGCAGUUUAUCGACCUUGCAAGCUCCAUGAGAUACUGGCAACAACUCAAUUUGCUGUACAGAAAUAGACUGCAAGCACUGACUCCUGGCAGCCCCUCAAAUGUUGCUACACUGCCCUCCAGUGAAGGAAAUACAACCUCAGCAGCUGUGAUAUCAACUUCUGAUUCAAAUUCAGUUGUUUGUGGUACAGCAGCACAGUCUAGUUUGCAGGAGUCUGCAUUUUCUAAGUCAGAACUGUCACAUUCAAACAUCUCCAGGGGUUCUUACUCUGAAAUCUUGAAGAGUGUAAGACCCAAAGAGGGAUCAGCAUUAGAACAAAGUGAAUUAAAGGACUCAACCAAUGACAGACCUUCAGUUAUUGUGGCAGCUUCAUGUAAGGACAGUACCAUUAAGAUGGAAAACAAUUGUAAUAAGACACAGUUUGAAGGCCAAAAGCUUAAAGAAAUGAAUGAAACAUUUUCUCCCAAAUUCCACUCUGGAAAGCUGCAGCACUUUUCUGAGGAAGAUCUGGCAGAAAGAAGGAGUCGUGUUUCAACUCCAACUCUUAGCUUUGUCCAUGAUAGCUCCAUAGCAUAUGUGAACAUUGGGAACAGUAGUGGUAAUGGGCACAGCCAGGCAAGCUACAGUGGGAAUCAUGUGGGAACCAGAAGAACAUCUUUGGGAGCUCAUGAGGAUUCUGUCAUUCGUCCCGCAAAGAGGAAAAAAGCCAAGAGGUCAUUAUAAUAUCUCUGUUUUAACAUAUAGAUAUAUUUUUCAUACCCUAAAACUUAUCAAAACCUCAAAUAUACUCACAAAAUCAGUUUUAUAGGCAGUGUUAUAGGUUUAGAGGAAUUAUGGAAAGAGGGCUUUUGGUUCUACUUUAUAUCUGAGCUCAAGAAUUUGAGAUCACAAGAAUUUUGGCUGGAUAUCUUUGUAUCUAAGCUUGAGGAAGUCUUUUGUGUUGAACAUGUACAUGAGAAAACACUGUUUUUUGUUAUGUAUAAGUUCACACAGCAACGAGGCGGACAAUCAGACAUGGUUUGAUGCUACUCUGGUUUAAAGAUUUAAUGAAAGUAACCAAAAUUACAUUUCAUUGACCCACCAUUGCAUAGUGCCUCCAUCAGGGGUGAUCUGAUCAUUGCAACAAGAGGCCCUUCUACAUGCUCACUAGUUAGCGGCCAUUUUUUCGGACGAGGUGUAAAAUAAUAGGCAUCAGGUAGUAAGCUGCCAUCCUCACGAUUUAAAGGAGGGCAGGCAGAGUUGAUAUGCUGCCCAUGCUCCUUUAAAUGGUGAUUAUGGCAGCUUACUAUCUGAUGCCUACUUACACCUCGUCAGAAAAAAAUGACAUUUACUUAGUGAUCAUAUAAAAGGGCCUCUUGUCAGUUGCAACGAUCAGAUCACCCCUAAUGAAGGCACUAGACAGGAGUGUUGUAAUGUUGGGUCAAUGAAUUAUAAUUUCGGUUACAUUCAAUAAAUCUUUAAACCAGAGUAGCAUCAAACCAUGUUUGACUGUUUUUCGUUAUUUACUUGCUGUUUGGUUGAAAUAUGUUGAUGUUGGUUUUUAGUUGUAAGUGAAUGAUGGUCAAUUGUUUCUGGCAAUUUUUGUAAUUUCUCAGGGAAUGUAUAAUUAUUAGUUUUCUUUGUUUCUCUGGAAGUUGCAUUUUCAUUGUGAUGUAUAUCUUUCUAGCAGAGUAACAGGUAAGAUAUCAUCAGGAGUAAAAAGAAUUACAACAAGGACAGAGAUUUUCACAAAAUUAACCAGAUCAUUACUUCUAUAACUGCUUACUCAGAGUAUCCCAGCCUUUAAGAUCAUAUUUUCUGAAAUCUUCCACUGCUGUAAAAAUCCUAAAUCAUUUAGCUAAUAGUAUGCAUGAAAAAAUUAUGCUUGUCUGAUCAGCUGGAAACUAGUGCAAAGUAGUAAUUUUGUUGUAAAGUUGUUGAAUUUUCUUGUCUAAUUUUCAAAGGAAAAAAUGGCAGUCAGUUAGGAGAAUACCUCAUUAUAUCUUGCAAGUUAAAGGGUAGUCUCCCUCGCAGCCAUUUUUUUGGAUGUCAAGCAACGCUCCCUCAAAAGAACAGUGAGAUGCGUGACAUCCAAAAAAACGGCUGCGAGGGAGACUAGUGAAAGGGUUGAGUCUGUUCUUCCUCUCCAUGGUGUCAGGAAGUGUAGCCAAAACAACUGCCAUUCUCUAAAGCCCUAAAAGAAGUUUCAAGAUCUUUUUUAUCUCUGCAAAUCAAUAUAUUUAAAUAAGUAGUUAAGUUUGUGAAUAGGCCAUUUUACAGUUGUGUACUUAGUUGCCAAGCCUUUGAUUUGGAGUGAGGUUGAAGGUGACCUUGUCUUGAUAGAGACCUGUAUCUAGUUAGCAUGAUAACAAAGGGAUUUACAUUUGAAACGCAGCAAGGUAUUAUCAUAACAAGGUCAACCUCAGCCUCACUCCCAUUCAAAGGCUUGGCAACCAAGCACACAACUGUAAAAUGGACUAUUCUACUAAAUGCAAUUUACUUCAAGAGAAAAAAAAGGUGCUUUGUCAAAAAGUGAACUUAGUAUAGGGUAUUUGUUUUCUACUGUAAUGUAAGCAUAAUGCAAUAAUUCUGUUUUAUUUUCUAUUUUUUAUGAAUCUUUUGAUCUUUUUCUGAUAGGAAUCACUAUAAAUAUUGAUAAAUUGAUAUGAAUAUUUUUGUAAUAUAUUGUAGAGAAUAUUUGGUUAAAGUAUCUUUUUGUCAUUGCAAUUUGAAUUGCAUGUUUGCAUGGACUCUGCUCUUUAUGCAUGUUGAAGAAUUUUGACAUCACUAAAUAAUAUGUUUAAAUUGAUAAUGACUUCUUCUGUUACUCCAAAAGUGUAAUAGUGUUUACAACAUUGUCUCAUUAUAAAGGUAGUUUCUGUUGAUAAAUAUUUUCUAAAGGACAAAGCAUGAUUUUGCGCUGUUGCAAAGUUUCUAUAAUUGAUCAUUUUGCAUAAAGAAAAUUGCCUCAUUACAAUACUAUUUUAUUAUGAUUACUCCCAAAGAAUAAAUGAAAAUAUUAUAUUUUCUUUCAAAGAAUUAUUUUAAAAAUACUGUAAGUCACAGUUACGGUGUAGAAAGCAUUGAUUUGUUGAUAUUCCCUGUUAGGAGUAAAGUUGACUUUGGUAUAUAGAUUCAAAAGUUACUAUGGACAAGUUAUUGUUGAAUUUAGUUAUCCCAUUCUUAAUAAAUGGUGAAAAUAUCAAACUA